CCUAUCUGACCAGAGGUAAGAAUCUCCUGGAGUGGUGCCCUGCCCUGGGAGCCAGUCCACAGGACAGUAGGGGACUCAGCAGCACCUUCUCCAGAUCCUGUGGCCAGAGGUUGAGGUUUCUGAAGAGGCAGAAGGUCAGGAGGGGCCGGUCUGCAUUUGUCUGUGGGUCGACUGAGCCAGGCCUGCUUCUGCCGUCUGUCAGGUAGGGAUAUGUGACGACUGGCAAACACAUCUUCAUGAGCAUGGAGGAGAGGGAACAUUGCUGCCUCUGGCCAGGGAGCAGGGGAUAGGGUGCCAUUUCGUGACCACAGAUUCUGUGGGGGCCUGCCCAGUCAUGAUAAAAAAAGAAUGAAGUGAACUAAGGAAGAGGAAGCAUCCCAGGGUGGGGCCGAGCUGCCCGGGUAACCAUUUCAAGUUGUUUCUAGAGCAAAUGCGUUCUUUGCUGUUUUUCUGUAGGUGUCCUCAGAGGUGACAGGUACCAGCUUCCCUUCCAGAAAUCCCCGCUUUUCAGCUCAACCUCAGGACUGGCGUAAGCAGUGCAGACAGCGAGGGGCGGGGAGCGGCCACCUCCCUGCUGCUGUCGUCAAUAAGCCCACAGCCUGCUCAACUUACGGCAGGCAAGAGACAGGCUUGAGACAGACAGCCGUGAAGCUUGAGACAGACAGCCAUGAGGCUGGCCAUCCUCAGCCCCAGCGAGACCAGGUGUGUGACAUGAGGUAGCCGGCUGGGGUUUCCACAUGGGGCAGAGAUGCAUGGGACUUAUCACAUUUGAUGAUGCCGAGCUGGAGUCUAUCAGAUGAACGAGGAUGGACUGGGAUCUGUCAGAUGGCCCCAGGACCAUGAAUGCAACUUGCAACAGCAGCAGCACAUGGCCUGAUUCGAUCACCUACAUCUUCACCACCUACUCAGCCUUGCUGCUGGUGCUGGGCCUGCUGCUCAACGGCCUGGCACUCUGGGUAUUCUGCUCUCGCAUGCACCAGUGGACAGAGACCCGCGUCUAUAUGACCAACCUGGCUGUGGCUGACCUCUGCCUGCUCUGUUCCUUGCCAUUCAUGCUGCACUCCCUGAAAGACACUUCGGACACUCCGGUCUGUCAGCUCUCACAGGGUAUCUACCUGGUCAAUCGGUACAUGAGCAUAAGCUUGAUCACGGCCAUUGCUGUGGACCGCUAUGUGGCAGUGCGGCAUCCGAUACGUGCCCGUGAGCUGCGGUCCCCACGACAGGCUGCCGCAGUGUGUGUGACCCUCUGGGUGGUAGUGGUCAUCUCCCUGGUAGUGCGCUGGCGCCUGGGGCUGCAGGAGGGUGGUUUCUGCUUCAGGAACCACAGCCGACAAAACUCCGGCACCAUUGCUUUCUCGCUGCUGGGCUUCUACCUGCCACUGGCCAUAGUGGUCUUCUGCUCUCUGCAGGUUGUGACUGCCCUGGCGCAGAGGCCAACCACUGAUGUAGCGCAGGCAGAGGCCACCCGCAAGGCCACCCACAUGGUCUGGGCCAAUUUGGCCGUGUUUAUCUUCUGCUUCCUACCGCUGCACGUGGUCCUGACCGUGCAGUUCUCCAUGGGCCCGAGCACCUGUGCUGCCCGUUAUACCUUCAGGCGUGCCCUGUCCGUCACAAGCAGACUCUCAGAUGCCAACUGCUGCCUGGACGCCAUCUGUUACUACUACAUGGCCAAGGAGUUCCAAGAUGCAUCCAUGUCAGCCAUGUCCUCCAAUAUACCCCACAAGAGCCAAGAUUCUCAGAGCUUGACUCUCACCUAGAAGUGAGCAUGUGCCACGAACCAGAGGAACCUGUGAUACUAGCAAGGAGCCCCCCCAAAUCUGCCUGAACAUGAUGUGGAUUUUGAACACUCUAGGAAGCUCAGGUGGCCUGGAGAGGCUGUAUCUGCUCCCUGGAAGGGACCAGAGGACUGAGACUCUUAAAGACCAACUUGAAGGACCCUGGAACAAGACCAUAUACUUGCCACUUCAGAUCUAGAACCCCUGAGGCACCAGAAUGGGGCCUUGGUGGCCAGCCACUGGGUUUAGAAUAGAGAUCUGUCCUGGAGAUGGUCCUGGAAGGGCCCUCGGUGUCACCCAGAUGCAAGUUGUGAGAGGCUAAGAAGGAACAUGGAGCUCGGAGAGCCAGGAGACAUCUUCUGAGAAGACUCUCUAAUGGCUGCUUCCUUGAGGGGCCGCCAGACUUCACACCUCCUAUAUGGUUAGGGAGGAGAGCAGUAGCUGUGGUCUGGAAGGCUGUCUUCUACGGCACAUGGCUGUCGAUGUUGCUCUGUAUUCAGAGGGGGUUCCAGCUCAGGAGACCCAAUGGUCAUAAAGCUAUGUUCAACAGUAACACACUGCUGCUGAAGCCCUGAGCCUCUUGGUGGCGUUUCCAUUUGGUAGUGGGCCUGUUGAUUACAAGGCCAGUGGCUGGAGUAGUGGUCUGCUGGAGUCUGUUGUGAAGAAGACUGACAUUUGGCCUGGUCCCUGCAUUCUCUGGGGGUGUGGCCUCAGGCUGCAAAGGGGCUCCACAGACCAGGAUCAGCUACAAAGCCAGUCACUUUUGGAGUGUGAUAGCCCUGGGCUUUCUCUCUGUGUGCUUUUUUUUUUUUUUUUUGUCUUGGCUCAAAUGCUGCGGCCAUACCUGGAGCCAGAGCCCCCAACUAGGGGUUGCCCGCCACACUCCCAACUUCUACUUCAUCCAGCUCUUACUGCCUAACUGUCCCCUAUUUGUUAUGACCUUUUCUGCAGAAACCAAAAGUCUGCUCACCCUCCAGAUACCAAAGAAAGGAUUCCAUCCAAGUACAGACUGGCGAAGCAGUUUACUGGAGUUACUUACAAAAGCAUGGAGACUCCAUGGUGGCUCCACUACUCCAUGGUGCCUCCACCACUAUGGUGGCUCCAUCACUCCAUGGUGGCUCCAUCACUCCAUGGUGGCUCCAUCACUCCAUGGUGCCUCCAUCACUCCAUGGUGCCUCCAUCACUCCAUGGUGGCUCCACCACUCCAUGGUGACUCCACCACUCCAUGGUGACUCCACCACUCCAUGGUGGCUCCAUCACUCCAUGGUGGCUCCAUCACUCCAUGGUGGCUCCAUCACUCCAUGGUGGCUCCAUCACUCCAUGGUGCCUCCAUCACUCCAUGGUGCCUCCAUCACUCCAUGGUGGCUCCACCACUCCAUGGUGACUCCACCACUCCAUGGUGGCUCCACCACUCCAUGAUGGCUUCACUACUCCAUGGUGGCUCCACCACUCCAUGGUGACUCCACCACUCCAUGAUGGCUUCACUAUUCCAUGGUGGCUCCACUACUCCAUGGUGGCUCCAUCACUGAAAAGUUCUACUCAACGUGGGUGACAACUCACAAAAACUGCACCAGUAGAUUACCAGUCCCUAGGAAACUUCCACCUCAUAUACACCUGGAUACCCACUCCAGACAAGAUACAGAUGGGGGUCUGAGGGAGCGGUGGCUGGAACCUCAGGUCCGCUGGCCCUCAUGUCCCUCUAAGAGGGAAUGCUGACAGCUUCACGCCCAACACCAAUCUGUUUAGAACAGUAGUAUUUUCUUAUUUCAUUGUCAUGACUGUGAGCCAAGGUGUUCAGUGGAUGGAAGCAGCAAUCUUCUUGCUCAUGGUUGGUGAUCGUGCUAAGCCAGAGGAAAUGACUUUCCGACCACACUCUACUACUCUUCCUUCAGCUCUCAGGUUCUUUUCACCCUCCGCAAUAUUCUCUGAACCUUCACCUUAGAAGGGAUGAUGCAUCUAUAUAAUCUAUAAAUAUAUAAUAUACAUGUGCGUGCCUAUGGUUCUUUUCUGAGUAUUAUGCUUCUAGACUAUAAGAACAGACACUUAUUCUAAGCGGCCUGACCUUGGUAGAAGAAACAAACCUUAGGAGGGGAAGAAAUGGAUCCCUUGGGGCCCCGCAGCACCUCCUCGUAUGUGGCAGUUGGUUCUGCCCACAGCACCAGCAGAGUGCUUGCCCUGAUGAAGAGAACACUCUACCCUGCUCAUCCUCUUUGUAACCACAGUUUUAGGGGGACAUCCCAUGCUCCCCUAGGCUAGGCGUGGCCAUCUGGCCUGAUGAUGCAGAAGAAAUGGGUGGGAAGUGAAGGGCAGAGUCUUCGCACAAAAGCUGCAAAGUUAGCAUACUAAAAACUAUGAAGACAGUGAGAAGGCUCAUCUGGCAGGGGUGCUUGCGACCAAGCCCGACAACCUGAGUUCAAUCCCUGGAACCAACGUGGUGGUAAGAGAGAACCAUAUCCCACAAGCUGUGCUCUGGUCCCACACAUACCCAAAAUAAAUAAAUAAAUAAAUAAAUGUAAAAAAAAAUAACAUAGUAGAAAACCCUGUUGGCAAAGAGGAAGACUGGACCCCAUACCACUACUGGCCAAGGUCAACUAGAACUGGUCAGAGCCACUGGAGUACAUGCUGGGACCCUCCAGAACACCUGAAGGUGACCUCUGACUUGUUAAAAACUGAUGUGACAGAGCAUUCGUGAGAAAGCUCAUGCUAUACAAAUAACUUCCCCAAAGCCCAUUCUGUGUGUACGGGCUGGUUUUGUUUCAUAUUGGUUUUUGUCAACUUGACACAGCUCAUCUGAAAAGAGGGAACUACAAUUGAGAAAACGCUUCAGACUGGCCUGUAGGCAAUCCUGUUUUCUUGAUGAUUAAAUGAUGUGGGCUCUAUUCAUAAUAGCCAGAAAUUGGAAACAACCUAGAUGUCCCUAAACAGAAGAGUGGAUAAAGAAAAUGUAGAACUUUUACACAAUGGAGUAUUACUCAUCCAUUAAAAAAAAAUGACAUCAUGAAAUUCACAGAUAAAUGGAUGGAACUAGAGAAAAAUUAUCCUGAGUGAGGUAUCCCAGACCCAGAAAGACAAAUCUGGUAUGUAUUUGCUUAUAUGUGGAUAUUAGCUAGUAAGUCAAUGAUAACCAACCUAUACCCUGUAGAACUACAGAGUAGGUAUAGAGUAAGGAAGUAGGGGGUGACAGACAGAUAGAUUCAUUAGGAAAGAGAGAUAGAAAGAUAGUUAUGGAUGGAUGAGGGUGCUGGAAUAGGAGAAUCAAGUGGGGAGGGAAAGGAGAGGAGGGAUGAGGGAAGGAAUGUGGGGAGAGACAGCUAAAAUUAAGGGCAAUUUGAGAUCAGUGUUGAAACCUAAUACAGUAAAAGUUUCCUAAAAUAUAUACAUAUAUGAAGGUGAGCUAAAUGAAAUCGCCAAAUAAUGGGGAUGACAGAGUCCCAAAAGGCCAUCUCUUGUCACCAAAUGAAGUUUCCAGUAUAGGGAUUGGGUUACACCUAAUUGGGUUGUUGGCCAAAGGGGUCCCAUGGGACUCCCCAAACAACCCAGGCUGUGGCUUUCCACUAACUGACAGCAAGGCCUCAACACCUACACAACUCAUUGAACAUGGAGAAGUCGAGCUGGUGCCUACCUAGAGCCUUCACCCCUACAUUCUAGAAUGUUUGGUACAGGAAGGUACUCUGCAUACUAGCAAAGAGAAACAUAAACACCAAGUCAGCCACAAACCCUUUGAUCUAGAGUGGUGUCCUGCCUGAAAGAUAUGCUGGGGCAAUGGUGGUACAAACCUCGUGGGAGUCACCAACCAAUAUCUGAUUUGAUAUAGGGCCCGCUCCUUGAGAUGGAGCCCAUACCCUGUACUGCUUGGGUGACCAAGAACCAGAGACUAAAUAGCCAGGGAUCUAAGUUAAAACCAAACACUACUGUUCUAACAAAACAUCAAGACAGCAGCAAAAUGACUCCUAAUGACAUCCUGCUGUACUCAUAGAUCAGUGCUUUGCUCAGUCAUCAUCAGAGAAGCUUCCUCCUGCAGCAGAUGGGAGCAGAUGCAGAGACCCACAGCCAGACAUUAUGCGGAGAGUGAGAGACAUUGCAACACUAAGCCCUAAAUGGGAUGUCUCUAUCAAAUCCCUCCUCUUAGGACUCAAGGAACCCUGAGAAAGAGGAGGUAGAAAGAGUGUAAAAGCCAGAGGGGAAGGAGGACAUCAAGGAAACAAGGUCCUAAAUCAACAUGAGCAAACUAAUAUGAACUCACAGAGACUGAGGCAGCAUGCACGGGUCUGCACCAGGUCCUCUGUGUAUAUAUUGUGUGUAGCUUUGCGCCUUUCCUGGAACUUGCUGUGUAGACCAGGCUGGCCUUGAGCUCACAACGAUCCGCCUGGCUCUACCUCCCGAGUGCUGGGAUUAAAGGCGUGUGCCACCACUGCCCAGCUAUAUUGUGGCUUUUAGUUUAGUGUUUUUAUGGGAUUCCUGAGUGUGCGAACAAGUGAGUCUCUGAUUCUUGUGCCUUCUCUUGGGUUCUUUUCCUUCUGUUGGUUUGUCUUGUCCAACUCUGGUAUGAUAGUUUUUGUUUUAUCUUAUUUUGUUAUAUUUUAUUAUUAUCCCUUAGAAGCCUGUUUGUUUUCUAAUGAGAGAAAAAGGAGGUAGAUAGAUUUGGAUGGGAGGGAGGUGAGGAGGAACUGGGGGGAGUAAAGGGAGGGGAAAUCACAAUCAGGAUACAUCAUGUGAGGAAAAAAAAUAUUUUCAAUAGAAGGAAAAAAAUUGACCUAUGGGCAAGUGUGGUGGAAUUUUACUUGUACUGAAAUGUGAUUUUAAUUGUAUGUUAAUAAAUAAAGUUGCCUGGGGGUCAGAGCUAUCAGAGCCAUAGCAAGUGGCGUACGCCUUUAAGGACCUGGAGGGCGGUACAUUCAGGCAGUGACAAGGCAGUCACAUGUUUGGGUUUACAACCAAUGAGAAGGCAGAACAGGAAGACUUUAAAAAGACAUUCACACAGGAAGUAGUCCCUUUUCGGAGAGCUCUCUUGGCUGGAGAGGAUCCCUGAAUCAGAAAGGGUGAGGCUCUUAGCUCUGACCUCUUGGCUUUCUUCUCUGAAUUGGCUCUGUGUUUCUUAUUUAAUAAGACCGUUGGUUACAUCUACAGGCAAGCCUGUUUUCUUAAUGAGUGGUUGAUGUGGAGAGCCGGGCCCAUUAUGUUUAGUGCCACACACAUGACCCCUGGGCAAGUGGUCAUGGGGUGUGGAAGAAAGCAAGCUGACCGAGCCAUGGAGAGCAGACCAGUUCCUGCACUGGCUUUCCUCAGCAACAGAGUGUGACCUGAGGGUUAUAAGAUGAAAUGACCUUUUCUCCCCAGAUGGCGUUUGGUUGUGGUGUUUAUCACAGCAAUAGGAACCCCAACUAAGACACUAUGCAAAUGACCUCAAAAGCCCACCCUAUGUAACAAGGUCCCCAAUCCUUAGGGUGCCAUUACUGUUUGCUGCUAAACUUUCUCUGUGAAGUGAAUCAUUUCUUA